CGAUACUCUUCUUGUCGCCUCUUGGGUUGAGUUCUGUGCAUCCUCUCAACUCUGCUUUUCUUUCAUUAGCAUCUCCCUCUUUUUCCUUUUCAUAUUUUUUUUUUUUUGAAUUAUCUUUUCCUUUUUAUAGAAAACAAGAUCAAGAUUUCUCACACUCGAUUGUCUCUUUACUGUCAAGUCCCCAAAAUGACAGAACAGAUCAAAGCAUUCCCGUCAGUCGCUCAUUUCGACUACGAGCUGUACGAAGGAGAUCCCGACCAGCUGAAGACGGUAAACGCCACGCCAUCUCAGCCGGGCCCACACGUUGAACCUUCCUCAUUGAAGCUCAAGUACAGAAUCGGCCACGGCCCUUUAGGCGAUGUUUGGUUGGCCACGCAUCACCAGUCAGGCACGGACUACGAUGAGCACCAUGAGGUUGCACUCAAGAUGGUGCAUCCGGUGGGGAACAUAAACGAGUUUUUACGCAGGUUUGAGCAUUUGUGGGUGAAGCUUAAGUCGAGGCGGAUGGAUAGCGUGUGCUGGUUGCACGGCAUCUCGGUGCUGUCUGGAAAGAUAUGCAUAGCUCUCAGAUCAUAUGAAGGGUCGGUGGGCGACCGAUUGGCGCAUGUGAAAGGAGGAAAACUUCCACUACCCGACAUAUUGAGAUACGGUAUUGAAGUAGCCAAAGGAGUUCAACAGCUUCACCAAAUAGGGGCCCUGGUGCUAAAUCUCAAGCCGAAUAAUUUCCUUCUCGACGAACGUGACCAUAUUGCCCUCGGGGACUUUGGGAUCCCACACCUACUCCUCGGGAUUCCCUGGCUCGAUUCCGAUUUAGCAUCCAGGCUUGGGACCCCAAACUACAUGGCACCUGAACAAUGGGAACCUGGUGUGAGAGGCCCAAUAUCCCACGAGACUGAUUCGUGGGGAUUUGCAUGCAGCAUGAUAGAAUUGCUGACUGGAAUUCCACCCUGGUUUGGACAAUCUAUUGAGGAGAUUCAUCAUGCAGUCGUUAUACGUGGAGAAAAGCCAUUGGUUCCCGAUGGUCUUCCUCCUGAAGUGGAAGACAUUCUCAAGGGAUGCUUCGAGUAUGAUUUGCGCAACAGGCCUUUGAUGUCGGACAUUUUGCAGGCGUUCGAAAGAUCAAGGAAUGCCAUUCACAGUGAUGGAUCUUGGAGUGAUUUGACGAGCAACCUUUGUGUGGCUCAAUCACAAUCCCGUGGCUAUACCACUUGGUACCUCUUGAAAAAUACUCUUCACGUUGGUGACACUGUCCAAUCAAGAAAAGCCCCAAGCACGUCCGAACCCUUAAGCCCAGCUGUAACCAAAGGAGUCGUGGUUGGGUUAGACAAUAACAGCGAGAAAGACGGAUUUGCCCUCGUCCGUAUCCCAAACUCGCACAACCACCUCAGAUUAAAUGUUUCAUCUCUAGAGAGGGUCAGUUUUGGUUUUUCAUCGGGGGAUUGGGUCCGCCUGAAGAAAGAGAGUCGGGAGCAUUCAUCUCUUGGGAUUUUACACCACAUAGGUCGUGAUGGGUGUGUUGCCGUAGGUUUUCUAGGGUUGGAGGUUCUUUGGAGGGGAAAUUUUGACGAAAUCAGGAAAGUCGAGCCUUUUUUCGUGGGACAUUUUGUGAGGUUGAAGGCGGAGAUCAAGAAUCCACGUUUCGAGUGGCCCCACAAGAGGCGAGAGGCUUGGGCCUGUGGGAAAGUCUCGCAAAUUUUCUCGAAUGGGUGUCUCGGGAUUGAAUUUCCUGGAAGGUUCGUUUUCAGGGACGGGAUGGGAAUUUUCUUGGCUCAUCCUGAGGAGGUGGAGCGAGUGUCUUUCGACACGUGUCCCGGUAUUGUGGAGAAAUACAAACUGGUUGAGGAUUUCCAUUGGGCCGUGAGGCCCAUUACUGUAGCGUCUGGCCUGCUCACGGUUGUGAAAGUCGGAACAUUUGUGGGGAAAAAUGUUGGAAGAAGAUUAAGUAACCACAGGAAGAAUGAGAAGGGGUGCAGUCAAGAAGGUGGGAAUUCGAAAUGGCUUCCUACGAAUGUCACGAAGAUCCUUUUUAAAGAAGGGACAAACACGACAAUUCCAAAUUCUCGGUGAAAGGGAUAUUCGGUUUUGUGUUAAAUAACUAAAUUUUAGUUUUUGGGGCAGAGUGAAGUCGAACGGUGAUGUGCGUGGCCUCUGUGGAAACCAUCUUGGAAAUGGGUGAUGAACUUUAGUAGUCCUGAAUAACUGUAGGUGUUUCUUGUUGAUGUAUAUAUGUUGCAUUUUCUGCAGAGUUGUAAGGAUGGCAAUUUGUGUUUUGGUUUUGUAAAUACUUUAGUUCGACUCAAUGACUCUGGUUCUGUAAAUAUUGUGUUAUGUUGAGGAGUAGAAUUCUCCUGGAACCAUGCCCAGUUUGCUGUUUGGUGAUGAAAAUCACAUGUUGUUAUGUUGGGGCAGAGCUGGAUAUAAUCUAAUAGUUAUGUAAAACCUCACUUGGUAAUGGAAAAUUAUGUGUUCUUUUGCA